AUGAAGCUUCACGUUCUUUCGCUACUCCCUUUGGUUUCAGUCACUAGCGCUAGCUGGACGAAGAACCUCAACUAUCGGUCGCCGUCAGAACAUCACCCAUCCCUGGGCAUAUCAAUCAAUCGUGUUGUGAAGAGGAACGAUCCACAGACUAGUUACGAUGCUUCGGCCUUGAAAUUCACCCAUGGAAUUGCAUCCGGUGAUCCGUAUCCCAACAGUGUCAUCCUAUGGACUCGAAUUGCGCCCACAAGCGAAACCUCGGAUUCAAACGUCACGAUUUCCGGUACCGCUCCUCUAUUUGAUCAUGACAAUGAUAAGUAUGUCGCAGUAUCAAAGUCACCUAUCUGCGUAGAAUACAAGGUUGCUUCGGACAAGAACCUCACACAGGUCCUCGUUACAGACAAAGUUUACACAAGCUCAGAUGUGGACUACACAGUCAAGGUUGAGGCAGGCAACUUGAAACCUUACACCACCUACUACUAUCAAUUCUCAGUGUGCGGGUCUGACAACAAGAGCCCAAUUGGGAGAACAAAGACAACCCCGAACGCUGACGACGAUGUCACCAAAAUCAGUCUUGCCAUCUACAGUUGCGCAAACUAUCCUUUCGGUUUCUUCAACGCAUAUGGCAACACCGCGCGGAAGGACUCAGUGGAUUACGUUGUACAUCUUGGAGAUUACAUAUACGAAUACAAAAACGGAGACUAUGGUUGGGGCCAAAGCAUAGAUCGUGUCCCUCUUCCUGAUAGAGAGCUUUUCACUCUCUAUGAUUAUCGCAAGAGAAUAGCCACAUAUCGUACGGAUCUCGACCUUCUCGCUAGCCAUCAGCAGUUCCCUUGGAUUCCUGUAUGGGACGACCAUGAGGUGGCUGAUAAUGUAUACCGCGACGGAAUGGCUGAACUCAACAACACAGAAUCAUCAUUCAUCAAAGACGGCGGCAUUUCAGUUGAUCAACGUAAAGCCGCAGCAGUAAGAGCAUACUUUGAAUGGAUGCCUAUCCGUCAAGUGGAAAUGGAUGACAACUUGCGUAUCUGGCGUUCAUUCUCGAUAGGCAAACUGGUUGAUCUUGUAAUGCUGGACACUCGCAACUACGACCGCUCAAUCACAGAUCUUUACUGGAACACCGACUACGUUCACGAUAUCUCAAACGAUGGCGGUCGCUCUUUGAUGGGUUCGCGCCAAGAGAACUGGUUCUACAACACCCUCACGAGCUCUAAGAAACGAGGCGCUACCUGGCGUGUCGUCGGCUCACAAAUUGUUUUCUCUCGCGUGAACCAGUCCGUGGCUCUUGGUGAAGAGAAUCCUCUCAACUACGAUGCCUGGGAUGGCUAUCUGGCGAACAAGAACCGCACGCUCAAUCACCUCUACAGCAAUAAUAUCAGCAACAAUAUCUUCCUUGCAGGCGACUCGCAUGCCUCCUGGGUCAGCGACUUAGUCUGGCUCGACGAAAAGAACUACAACAAAAGCACUGGGGCCGGAAGCAUUGGUGUCGAAUUCGCAGGCUCUGCAGUCACUUCGCCCUGUCCCUAUGGCGCCAACAUUUCCCUUGCCACGGCCAACAACUACUCUCAGUGGCUACAGACUGCCAACGACGAGCUUCAGUGGCAGGAUCUAUACUAUCGCGGAUACUACGAACUUCAUUUCACGCACGACGAUGUCCAAGCCAAUUAUUUUGGUUUGCCGACUGUUGUUUCGAGGAAUGGGUGGGAGAUCCCGAUUGCCAACUUCACUGUCGUAAGUGGGCAAAACAGAUUACAGAGACCUGUUGCUGGAGGAGUUGUGGAGAGUGGAAGUUUGAAGGGAGGAAAGGUUGUGGGAGGCAACGUCACGGUCGAUACGAAUAAUGGGACGUGGUUUGUAAGCCAUGAAGAUCUGGAAGUAUUGUAG